CUUUCCCGGUCCUCGCGAGCGGCUGGUGCGCACUUGGCGUCGCCGCGACCUUUUUGCUCCUCCUCUUCCCCGUCUUCGCCGCCGGGAGAGAGAAGCGAAUGGAGGACGCCGGCACUUGAGGCGGAGGAGGGCGGCCACUGAUCAUCGCCAUGGCGGAGGAUUCGGAGCUGGAGAGAGAGGCAGUGGAGGAACUUUUAAAAGAGGCCAAGCGUGGGAAAACCAGAGCAGAAACUAUGGGAGCUAUGGGUUGGAUGAAGUGUCCUCUCGCCAGCACAAAUAAAAGGUUUCUUGUCAAUACUAUUAAGAACACAUUACACUCUCAAAAAGAGCAGGACCCAGAACAGAAACAAAAAGAAGGCAAUGAGGAAUCUGAGCCAAGCCAAAGCAGGGAAGAAACCAAGCCAAAGAGGCACAGAAUGCAUCCUUACACACCUAGCUUUAAGGCUAGGAGAAGAGUCAGCUAUUCUCCUCCUAGGCACCGGAACAGGAGCCAGCACACAAAGGACAAGUACGAAAAGCAAUCAAGCAAAUGAUGAGGACUAUAUGCCCUUCCAAGCCAAGGAUGCCUUGGACUGUGGAGAUGUUCAUGUAUCUUCGCAAAGGGUAUUGUUCAGUACAGAUGUCCGUGAUGGCAACAGCUCUUUAGAGAGCAGGAUGUCUGCUUCACGUGACUCUGUGGAGUUCUUCUGUAUGUACUGGAAAAAAAGUAACAGUGUAUCUUAUUUUAUCUUCCUCUUUCUCCUGCCCUCUACAUUAAGCUUGUGGCUUUUCUUUUGAUGGUGUAACACUUUUGUGCUUAGCACAACCUUUUUAGAAACCUUCUUCUUUUUAGUUUAAUAUAAGUAAAUGUGUAUUGUAUAAAUGUUACUUUGCUUCUAAAUAGCUUGAGAUAAACUUCUCAGGCCAUCUUUGCUUUUAAAAUGCUGUUGCUCCAUUUGUACAAAAGUGUGAGAUGCUUCUUUGCCUGAAUACAGCUGAAUUUUAGAGAGUUUAUUAAGCUUAUAACCUGAAAGCGGCUGAUGUGUGGUACCUAAAUAUUAAUUAGUUUAGUUAAAUGCGGAUUGGUUUAAUGUAUAUUGUGAAAUGUAUAAGAGGCAUUUGCCCUGAUCCCGUGGUUCUGGUGUCCAUGUAGGAACUGCGCUGCACACAUGAGCAGUGGCUGCUUAUUCACUUCAAAUACUGUUUGCGUGCUCAGAAUGUUAUCUGUUGGAGUGAAUGAGGGAGACCCUUUUUUGACCCAGAGCUCUGUGUGCAUAUUGGAAUCUUGGAGAUCACAGCUGUUGUCUGGAUUCAAACUUGGUUUAUUAACCUUAUUCAGGCAUUCAGUAUGUGGACAAAAUAUAUCCCAAGUAUUGAGGAGAUCUGAGCUUACCAGCUAGCCUCACCCCUUAUGUCAGCACAUUUUAUACCUAUGCAUCCAGCUCUCUGUAGACAGCACUUGUGUGCAAAGGCUUCCAGCAUACCUGACCACAGCAGUGGCAGCUGGUAUGGGUGGAUCAGGGGGGCAGUAAACAAGCCUCAGGUGAAGCUCAUUGUUGCUCCUCUUGCUCUGUCCUGGUUUCCUCACUCUCCCUCGCCACCGCAUUAACCUAUUGAUCUUGCAGGCUGAUCAUUUCCCCAGUUUCCAAACCCAACAAAUGACCAGCUUGCAAGCAAGGGGUUAACGCCACGGCUGGGUGCAGUGAGGCAGCUGGGGCAGGGUGAGAGGAGUAAGAACGAGCCUCGCCUGAGGCUUGUUUACUUCCCCACCACCACCUGAUCUGCCUAUAUAUGGCAACCACAGGACCACAGCAAGAAACUCUCCCUGGGUAUAGCAUUUGCUUCUGCAGUCCACAGGGGACAUGAAUAUGGAGUAUGCCAAUGUGGGGAGCAAGGCUAGCCAGCAUGCUCAUGCCACCCCAUACCUGGAUGCACUUGACCCAGAGAGCAAACACCUGAUAGGGCAAUGGUGCUGCAAGCAUUGAGUAAAUUGAUGAUGUGAAAAUCAGCGUUAAUAAAUGCAACACCACUAUGUCAAGACCUCUCUGUUGAGAGGCAAUGGAGUGAAGAGUGUAACAUCAAAAGAAUCUGGGAAAUGUUUAUCACGGAUUACCAGACAUUUAAUCCUAAAACAAUGCAGGAAAUUGCCACUUAUAUUCGGAUUGCUUUCUUGUUACAGUUGUAUCGAUCAAGUUCUAAAUGACUUAUAUCUGAUCAUAAUUGAUUUUUGGUUGUUAUUCUGUUCUAUGGAAACAUUGAUAUUUAAGUCUUUGGUCGAAGUUAUUUGGAUGAAUAUGUGGUUAAGAUUUUUCAACUUUGGGUAGUUUUCCUAAGUUGAUAUUAAACUUGAAAUGUAUUACUAAAUAUGUGUUAAGUAUUUUUAUUCCUUAAACGUGGACAAAAUUUAAAUAAUCUUUGGAACAUCAUAUUUAUUCUUCAUUACCAAAUAAAAGUAGAUAUGUGUCAAGUG